AUGGCGCGAUGCUUUUUUACCGGAAGCUACAAAGACAUUAGGAGUUACCUUGAUACACAAAGGCCCCAAGAUUCGACAUACCCUGUCCUGACAAACACAACGACAAUUGGCGAUACUGGUUUCCGCCCAGAAGAAGUACGCGCCAACAGAGACUUCAGCGUCACUUCAAACUACAUCGGCCCGUCAGCGUUGCUAUUCCUUCGACUCUGCCGCAGAAAGGCCAAGAUUUCUCGGAACAAGAUUGGCCGUAUGAGGUUUCCCGAGAGCGAUUAUCACGAGCCCACCGCCUGGUCGAAGCCGACCGCAAAAGGAGGUGGCGGCGUGAACACUUCCUACGUUACUAACUUCAAAAACGUCUACAAAGACCUGCUGUGGUUGCUCCCGAUCUUGGCUAUUAGGGUUAUGCCCAACUUCUUGAUUUUGGCUUUGAUGGGAGCACGGGAGUCUUACGAUGAGCCAGUUCCUGCACAAGCUUCCUGGUAUUCCCUUCGUUUCAUUCCGGAGGGGUGUGUAUUCAGCCCGCAAUAA